UCGUGGCCGGCGGCCCGGGGAGCGGGCAGCAUGGGCGCGGGGCUCGAGCUGGGGCCGGCGGCGGGCGGCUCUCUGCUGCUGUGCGCCGCGCUGCUGGCCGCGGGCUGCGCGCUGGGCCUGCGCCUGGGCCGCGGGCGGGGAGCGCUGGACCGCGGCGCGCUCGCCUGGCUCUGCUACGACGCCCUCGUGCACUUCGCGCUGGAAGGGCCUUUUGUCUACUUGUCUUUCACAGGAAAUAUUACAGAUUCCCACGGCUUUAUUGCUUCAUUAUGGAAAGAAUAUGGCAAAGCUGAUGCAAGAUGGCUUUAUUUUGAUCCAGCCAUUGUGUCUGUGGAAAUUCUGACUGUUGUACUGGAUGGGUCUCUGGCAUUGUUCCUCGUUUAUGCCAUAGUCAAAGAGAAGUAUUAUCGGCAUUUCUUACAGAUUACCCUGUGCGUGUGUGAACUGUAUGGCGGGUGGAUGACCUUCUCACCAGAAUGGCUUAUGGGAAACCCCAACCUCAACACCAACAAUUGGCUCUACUUAUGGGUCUACCUGGUAUUUUUCAAUAGCGUGUGGGUUCUGAUCCCAGGAAUGUUACUGUGGCACUCAUGGGUAGAACUGAAGAAAAUGCAGCACAAAGUAACCAGUUCAGGGAAGAAGUUUCAGUGAGUUUUAAAAAUCACAAACAC